AUGAUGCACCCGUACUUUGCUACUUUUUAUCUGUUCUUGUUCACAGCAAUAGAGAUAAUUUAUGCCAGCAGGUUAUCAUCCAAAGAUGAAACCACUGUCCGCACCAAAUUAGGCAUUAUUCGAGGUAUACAGCAGCAAUUCGAUGAUACAUUUGUAAAUGCCUACCUCGGGAUUCCAUUUGCCCAACCACCUAUCGGCAAUCGAAGAUUUGCAUUACCCGAAAUGAUUGAACCAUGGCAAGGCGAAUUGGAAGCCCAAAAACCUGCCCGAACAUGUUAUAUCACUCCAGAUAGUCAGUUCCCGCAGUUUCCUGGAGCCGAAAUGUGGAAUCCACCAAAUGUAUUUGAUGAGGAUUGCUUGGCGCUGAAUAUGUGGGUACCAGAGAAACAUGACGGGAAAGUAAUGGUUUGGAUUUAUGGCGGUGGCUUCUAUUCUGGCUCACCAUCGUUGGAUCUUUAUGAUGGGCGAGUGCUUGCAAGUCGUCAAAAGACAAUCGUCGUUAACAUUAAUUACAGGCUAGGACCGUUUGGUUUCUUGUACUUUGGAAGCAGAUCAUCAAUACCCGGUAACAUGGGCCUAAUGGAUCAGCAACUUGCUUUGCGAUGGAUUUAUGAAAAUAUUGCCUCAUUUGGUGGUGAUCCAAAUAAGAUAACAUUGUUCGGGGAAAGCGCAGGUGCAGCAUCCGUGACAGCUCAUUUUUUCGCACCCGGAAGCUCCCGUUAUUUCCAGAGAGCAGUGCUCAUGAGCGGUACGAUAGCAAAUUCAUGGGCCAUAAAAGAGAAGAAUAUGGCACUGCAAACAUCUAUGUUUUUGGCUGAGAAAUUGAAUUGUACUUCUGGACGUAACAAACAUUCAGAUGUUCAUUUGAUUGAAAAAUGCAUCAGACAAGCAUCUGCUGCAAAUAUACAGAAAGCAGCAGAUGCUGUUGGCGUGGAUCAAGUGCUACCGAUGACUUUCCCAUUUGUGCCUGUCGAAGAAGAUGAACAUUUUUUCAAGGGUAAUUUAUUUACGAAAUUGAAGAUGCGCGAUUUUACUAAAGAUAUAAGCGUAUUGAUCGGUUCGAUGAAAGAUGAAGGCACAUACUGGUUGCCCUAUUACUUUCUAAAUCCUAAAAUGGGUUUCCAGUUCAAUCAUACUAUAUCAGCUGAUGAUCCCAGCAAUCGGGCUUUAAUCAAUAGAGCACAAUACACAUGUUCAAUCCAAUCAUUUAUUCCUUAUUUUGAUGAUUCCCAAUUAGUGAAACAUGCAUUGCUACACGCGUAUGAGGAGAUAUCGGAAAGUAAAGAUCCACAAGAAAGAUUACGAGAUGGCGUUGCACGUUUUAUUGGAGAUUUCUUUUUUACGUGCAGCUUAAUCGAAUUUGCUGAUAUUCUAGCGGACAACAUUUAUGGCUCCGUCUAUAUGUACUAUUUUACAAAGAGGUCUUCAGCAAAUCCAUGGCCAAAAUGGAUGGGAGUAAUGCAUGGUUAUGAAAUUGAAUAUGUAUUUGGACAACCUUUCAGGCAUAGUCAUUUGUACGCACAAUCACAGCUUGAUUCUGAGAAACGUUUCUCAGAAACAAUCAUGAAAUACUGGGCUACCUUUGCUGCCGAAGGUGUUCCCAGACCACAAUGGCCAAAGUACAAUAAAGUGACACGUAAAGCAUUCGUACUUAAUGAUAAAAUAACAGGUUCUAACCAUCAGAUUGAUGUUGAUGUACACGGAAAAUCUUGUAGUUUACUCUCUGAAGCCCAAGCUGUUGUAAAUUACAAGUGUAAUACAAAAGGGAAUGCAUAUAAGUGGCUUCAUAGUGGCGUUUCUUCAUGGACUAUUGGCGUUUCAUUUUAUAUUUUGAUCAUAAUAAUAAAUCGUUGCCUUGUUUUGUCUCAAUAA